UGUCGUGGUGUUCUUUCCUUUCCGCUUUUAUUAUUCAGAUUCAGGAGUUAAAUCUAUGCACUAUUGAGCAAUCAGCUCUCUGUCAUUUAUAAUAAUUUCUGAAUGUUCCAAAAAUAGAUUUCACAAAAUUAGAAAAACCGUUUUGUUUUGAUUUAUUUGUUAACAAGUGUUUAGUUGCUUGAAUGGCGCAGGGCCUCACUGAAACCAUGGGAAAAGGAAAAUAUGAUGUGCAGCUUUGAAGGUGGACAUUUCUUUUCACCAGGGGAUUUACCGAAAGUCAAAUUGAAUUGAACAAUAAAAGAAGGACGAUAUCUUGAUACCUAUCUAUACCUGUUAGCAAAACAUAUUGAUCGAAAAUGGAAAACCUCGCAUUUAUAAAAGAAAUAUUUCCUUUUAAAUCUGAGCAACAAAUCAGGGAAAUAAUCGAAUUGGUUGAACAAGGUAGUUCUUCAGAUUCUGCUGAACAAAAAUUGGAAAACAUAUACAAUAUGCUAUUUGGAGAUGGUCAGAAUGGUCUAAAUGGGGCCCAAGCACCAGUUGACACAGAAACCCUAGGUUUAGAGCGUUUUUUUCAUGAAUCAGAUGAUGACGGGGAUGAUGAAGGAGCUGUAGGCUAUUGCCAAAAUAAUGAUCAAUUAAGUGGCUACCUGAAUCAAUUGCAAAGUGUAUUUCCUGAUGCCUCUGAGGAAUUUCUAUGGGAUUUUUGUAGGGAGAGAAGCAGGGGUUUUGAUUUAAAUACCGCUAUUGAUGACUUAACCAGAGAUGGAUAUGACCGUAAAAUUGUUGAUGCUGAUUUCAUUUGGAAUAGGCUGAAAGAUGCUUUACCUGAAGCCGACCCUUCCUAUUUGAAAAUUCAAGCUGAAAGAUUAGUUUAUGAGGAACCAAGAAUGUUAGAAGAAUUUGUAAAUGAGGCUUAUGAAAAUAAUGAUUAUCCCACUAUGGAGAGCUAUGUAAAGAGAAAGCAAGAAGAGGACAUAUUAAACAUCUACAAGGAAAAUUACCAAUUAGACAAGUUUCUGAAAAAAUUUAUGGAAACUUUUGCAGACCCUGAAAAACACUUUAAAGACCCCGACCGUCAAAAACCCUUGCAGCAACCUGAUACCCCCGAAGAAGAUUUUUUAUAUGCCAGAACCUUUUUAUACAACCAAUACCCUUAUAUCCGUAAGAGGCAUAUAGAACUGGUUUUCAAAAUGCAGAAAAAGUCCCUAAUGGAUUGUUGUGAACACCUGAAUAAAAUUGUGAAAGGUCUAAAGACAAAAAGAGCUUUGGUGCCAUUACCUGAAAGCAAUAAUCUGCCGUUGCUGCAAGAAGUAGCUUAUUUGAAACACCGCAGAGUAAUCAGGAGACUUUUAAAAUACAAAGAUGAUGUUUACAAGCAAUUCAAAGAGGAGGCUAGAGCAUUGGGGAUACUGGAAACUUGUGGCGUUUGUGAAGAGGAGGAACUUAUCCCAGAAGAAUGUUUUAAUUGCAAAAAAGGUUGCGUGUUUUGUAAGGAUUGUGUCAGGAAAUAUGUGGAGGUUAGAAUGGGCGAUGGAUUUACAACUUUCCCUUGUUGCAACGAUUGCGACUCAAACUUUAGUUUACAUAUUUUACAGAUGGUGAUUCCACGAAAUAACUUUGAAAGGCUUGUGCUCAAAAUCCAGAGUGAUGAAAUUAAACAAGCCAACAUUGAUGGUCUGGAAACUUGUCCUUUUUGUGAUUUUGCGAGCAUUCCACCUGAAGAAAGUACGAUUUUUAAGUGCGAGAAUCCUGAGUGCAGUAAGGAAUCUUGCAGGCUAUGUAGACACGAAUCCCACAUACCAAUGAGAUGCAACGAAAUAGAAUAUGAUGAAGAUGUGAGAAGGAGAACUUAUAUUGAAAAUAUGAUGACCGAAGCUCUGGCAAGAACUUGCUACAGAUGCAAAAAAAAAUUCAUAAAAUCCAAUGGUUGCAACAAAAUGACAUGCACCUGUGGAGCUAUGAUGUGUUACCUCUGCUCACAACCAGUAGAUGGUUACAAUCACUUUGGUGGCAACAAUCCGUGUCAAUUAACUACAAACGAUGCUCAAAUAGAUCUAAGCCGAGUCCGUAGAGAAGCAGAACGUGCCAAAAAUGCCUUGGGCAAUGUAGAGAUCAAGUUUGAUCCUAGUGUGGGCAUUGAAAAUUAUUUUAAUGCCUGAAUAACUUUCAAGGAUUUUUUGCUCAACUUCAUAAUGCCAAAACAGUACUGACUUUUUCAGUUUAUAGUUUAUUAAUGCUUGGCUGUUAAAUAUUAAUUCCUUUUAAGUUUUUAUGGUUAAUAAUAAAUAGUUAUUGUUUAUUUUAUGGAUAUUCAGGCUGUAAACGUAUAAUGACAAUGUGUUUAGAUCCUGAUACAAAUUAUUUUUUAGUAUAAGGGGCCAAAUGCAUUCAAGCAAUUUAGUAUCAUAAUUAAAAGUCCUUUUUAUAUGGACCUGUUAUGUUUAGUUAUUUUUUAUUUUGCUUAUAUCCUAUUCACAAUCCGUAGUCCAAAGGUAGAGGUAAAUUUAUCACGUUUCCCCUUUCCCUAUCAAAUAGCACUGGAAGGUGAUUUGUUUGGCGAAAUUUUAGCUCUACCUUUGGACAUCGGAUUGUGAAUAGAUAAUACCUAUUAUGUAAAAUUCCAUUUAUUUUUUUUGCGAUUAAGGUUUUGCUUGUAAUAAAAUUUUAAAACAA